AAUCCGGACAGCGACGGGAAAUUUUCAUUAAUACCAGUACCAGUAUCACUUUUUUACUCUCAGGAUGACAAAGAGGAGCAUGAGGGAGUGGAAGAAGAAGAGGAAGGAGGGAAGGAGCAAGGAGCGUACGGCCACCACGCUCACGGUCUGACGGUACUCACAGCGUCAGUCUUCAUGAUAGGCGAAAUGGCCGGCUCAGGGAUUCUAGCUCUGCCCAAAGCUGCAGACGGCACAGGAUAUGUUGGAUUCCUCAUCAUGGUAGUCUGCGCUCUCGUCUCGGCCUACACGGGCGACAUACUGGCCAAGUGUUGGCUCACAGUGCAGGACCGUUAUGACGAAUACAAAGGUCACAUCCGGUAUCCUUACCCCGCCAUUGGACAGGUCACUUAUGGAAAGUUUGGCCGCGUCGUCGUGUCUUUCUCCAUCAACUUCACCAUGUUUGGAGGGGCUAUUGUGUUCCUCAUCCUCGCCUCCCAGAACCUGCAGGGCCUAUUGCACAACUUGGGCGGUAUUGACAUCUCCUUCUGCUACCUUCUCAUCAUAGUGGCGGGCACCCUGUGUCCUGUGGCCUGGCUAGGUACCCCUAAAGAUUUCUGGCCCAUCGCUGUAGGAGCGGCCGGCGCCACCGGCGUGGCCUGUAUCGUAAUCGUCGUUGCCAUGAUGAAGGACCACGCGGGAGAGUACGCAGUCAUUCCGGUGCUGCAUUCUGAUCCAGGCUUCUCGUGGAAGAGGAUCGUGACCCGCUCUCUCAUGGUCGGCCUGGUGCUAUUUAUAGCCGAGACCAUCCCCAAGUUCGGCACCAUCUUAUCUUUGGUAGGGGGCAGCACCAUCACCAUCCUAGCCUACGUCUGUCCGCCACUGUUUUACCUCAAGCUCAGCGCCAUGGAAGGCCCCUGGCCUACUAU